UUACACAUGUCCCAUUCUAUCUAUCACGUACUAGGUAGGUACAUGCUUAUCUAAGCUAAAACAUUUUUAGUUAAAGUCUGAUCCUUUAGAUCUUCCUCUUUUAAUAUUCAGGUCUUUCCACUAUUUUCUAUGGCAUAUUGAGUCACUGUGAUAGCUCAUCAAGUACUCGGACCAUUACGGUGAAUGGAUUUAUUGUAAGCGACGGAAAGCAACAGAAAUCAUGGCGUUUCGUAGGUAUUCAACCUGGGAAGUCUAAAAGUCGGUGCGUGCCUAGUAUGUAGGCACCCUGGUAGGUAUUAAUGCGAUUAUUCUGAGCUGGCUCUCUCCUUCGUCAUCCGUCACGUCAUUAAUCUAACUUGGUACUAGGUAGAUAAGGGGAGAUUAUGGGCAGAAAAAGGGGGUGCGACACACUGUGCGAUGUAUUUCGUAUUUCUUGGAGCAUUGAACCAACCGCCUGUCAUCCGAAUUACGAACCUUUUUACUUUUCACAACUUUAAUUAACAGAUACCAGCUUUUCUUAAUGUCAAUUCAAUAAAUAAAUUGGGGAAAUUCGAAACCUGGUCUAUUGUUUAGAAAAAAACCCGGAUUUUCCAGUGAAUAUAAGAUGCCUACCGAUGCAGUGAAGCGGGACGGGUUCGAGUUCGCGUAUGGCCACUUCCGUGUCCUCCAACGCGUCGAGCGCGUCGAGCCCUCAGCGCUCCGAAAAAUGUUCUUGCCCAAACUGACGCCGGAAGCGAAUAGAACACUGAGAAAAGAUGACUAUUUUGUACACGCGCAGCUCAAGUACUACGGUGUGGAGUAUGAUCCAAAGGAGCUGACGGGCAACGGGGCCAAUUUGAUGAAGAAGAUGCUGAGUCAGGGAAAGCUCGACAAGGUACCGGACAAGAUUGAGAAAUUAGAAUCUGAGAUGGCCGAGGAGUGGUAUAACCAGCUGACCAUAGAGGAACUGGUCGAGCACUCACCGCAACGGCUGUUAGACCAGCAUUUCUUAGACGCGUCGGGUAAACCUGAUCGGUCCAAGUUCACGGAGGUGCUGGUCAUGCCCCUGGCUCCCGGAAGCUACUACCGCGCAAACGAAAUCAAAGACCUUUUGAACAAGGUCGACGGCCUGCUCCACGAGCGGAAGGGCGACGCCCUGUACGUGGGCUGGGACCUAGCCAAAAUAAGGGCCAAGGCGCUAGCACACUUAGAUGAGUUAGAGCGGAAGAAGGAAGAGGAGAGGCAAGCGAGGGAGGAGGAGCGACAGGCGAGCCAUCUGGAGUACCUCGAAAGUGCCAAGAGGGAGAAGAAGGCCUGGUCGCCGGUGGGCAGCUACAUCGUCGACUGCGACGCCAUCGAGGAUCAGUGGCCGGACCAGGCCGAGGACAUGACGCUCGAUGUGUGCAGAACGGGGCAAGGGGGUAUCUUCAAGGUCCACUUUCACUUCGGCGUCCUGGAAGGCAUGAUGAUCUUGGGGACCAAAAAGGUGGCGUUGGAUCGGUACUGCACGCAGCUGGAGCGUGAAUCCCGGCUCGACCAAGAGGAUUAUAGUCAAGAUGAUGAUGACGAUGAUGAAGAAGAAGACUAUGGCAACGGCAAGGGGUCAAAGAGGCCUGCGAAACGCGGCAGGGGACGGCCUCCGGCGAAAAAGGCCAAAACGCAAGGUACCUCAACCUCAACCUCACUGCCGAAAAAGUUCUUCCUCCAGAUGAAGAGCAGGGAAACGGGCGAGGGCGAGAUCCAGGAGAUGAUGCGAGGCACCAUUGGGUUUAAAGACGCCAAGUUUGCCAGCUUCGAGGGGAUGGUGGAUGUUAGCUUCAUCGGCGACGAUGUGAAGUUCUUUGCGCGCAAGGUUUCUGAUAUUCCUAAUAGUACCAGUGAGUCCUGGAAUGACUUUUCGGAGUACCAGUAUAGCCGGUGGUAGAACUGGAUAGAUACCUAGGAUACGACCGUGGACAUAUACCCCUUAAUGAGUAACAGUUGUUUCUAGGCCUAUAUUUCCUAUAAGUAGGCAUAAAGGGAUAGUGAAAGUUAUUGCAGCUGUUGAUCGUAUACGCUCUGUAGUGUUAUCGCCUUUAUCUCUAUUAAAACUUCC